AUGAUCUUUGACGCGAACGCGGUUGACAUCCUCAACCCGUGGACGCUCAUGCCAAACGAUCUGGCAAAGACAUUGAAUCAGAUCAACACCUUGCGAGCGCAGGAUACGCUUGAGCCAUCGACCAAAACCCGUAUGGAGGGUUUGUCUGCCGUGCUUAGCCUCCUUGAAGAGGCUACGCCAGAUAGUUGGGCCAGCGAGGUCGCGACAAAUGCGAACGUCUGGCUAUCGCCUGGGCAUUUGAGUGAGGAUCCAGAGACCAAGGCGGCAUGGAAGGCUAUGAUGAUGGCCUUCCUCAAUGCCACUGUGUUAUACGCCGUCAAUAGUUUGGCGGGCUUGCACGGCACUCCGGCGAGGUUGGCUGCUUUCUCUCAGGGACCUAGGCAAUACCUGGUCGGGAGGGAGACAGCCGCAUACGAUGCCCUUAUGUCUUCCAUCCGCCUGCUAUUUUCACAAAGAGUCCAGCGCCGAUGCCAAGAAGGCCACAGACCCUUCGAAUCUCCAGCGACCAGCGCGGGGCUACUGCACAAGUUCGUCAUAUGGCCGAUGGUUGUUGGCGGCAUUCAAGCUGCGCUUGUCCAUCACGACGACGAGGGAGCGGGCUUUCUGUGCUCUGGUAUGCAGUCCGUUGGCGAGGAACUUGGCACUGUCAGCAUCAUUGAUGGUGCUCGUCUGGUCGAGAAAUUACGACAGUCACAGAGGAACGGCCUUGAGCCCAGAUCAUGGGACGAACUGUUCGAUGGGGCACCCUUGUUCUUGAUGUGA